AUGGCUGAGCCUAUUCGCAACAAGCGCCUCGACCCGGCUACUGCGCCCACGCCGCAGAACACUCCUCUUCAGAAUGCGCCCAUCUCAUCGCAUGCCCAGCAGCCUGGCGUUGCCAGCAUCAAGGAGGAGGACUUCGACCGCGCUGCUGCCGCUUCCAUCUUCGCCCAGAACCCCAAGCUUGUCCAGAUGAUUCAGGGAAGACUUGGAUCCCUCGUCGGCCGAUCCUCCGGUUACAUCGAGUCACUGCCCCCUCAGGUGCGCCGUCGUGUUGCCGGCUUGAAGGGUAUCCAGAAGGAGCACUCCAAGCUCGAGGCCGAGUUCCAAGAGGAGGUUCUCCAGCUCGAGAAGAAAUACUUUGCCAAGUUCACUCCUCUUUAUGAGAAGCGUGCCAAGAUCGUCAACGGAGGCUCUGAGCCUUCCGAGGAGGAGAUCAAGGCCGGUGAGGAAGAUGACGAGGAGGAGGACGAGACCGAGGAUGCUGAGAAGGCUGAUAAGGCCGACAAGCCUGCCGAGUCGUCUGAGCCCGUCUCUGGUAUUCCCGAGUUCUGGCUGUCCGCCAUGAAGAACCAGAUCUCCCUUGCUGAGAUGAUCACCGACCGUGACGAGGCUGCCCUCAAGCACCUUGUCGACAUUCGCAUGGAGUACCUCGACAAGCCUGGUUUCCGCCUCAUCUUCGAGUUCGCCGAGAACGAGUUCUUCACGAACAAGACCAUCACCAAGACCUACUUCUACCAGAACGAGAGCGGUUACGGUGGCGACUUCAUUUAUGAUCACGCUGAGGGCGACAAGAUUGAGUGGAAGGAGGGCAAGGAUUUGACGGUCAGAAUUGAGAGCAAGAAGCAGAGAAACAAGAACACCAAGCAGACACGUAUUGUCAAGAAGACGGACGAUACCGGCAAACCCAAACAGGAGGCGGCCGAGUGCAAGCAGAGCUGA